AAGACGGCGGAGGAAAAGGAAGGCAUCGCCGAAGCGAUCAAGGCUUCGGUCAUGUUCCGCAACGUCACGGAAGAACAACGCGAAAUGAUAUUUGCCUGUAUGGAAUCGGUGCCGGUCAAGCAGGGUACCUGGGUAAUUCGGCAGAACACGGUCGGGGAUCGCUUUUAUAUCAUCGACGAAGGCCAAUUUGAAGUCCGCAUUGUCCCCGACGGUGACCAGGACGAAUCGGGACAGGGUGGUCACAUUGUCCACGUAUACGAAGGAUCCCGGGCCCGCCACGCACAUCCCAGUUUUGGUGAACUUGCGCUCAUGUACUCGGCGCCGCGUUCCGCUUCUAUCGUCGCGAAGACGGACGGGCACCUCUGGGCUCUGCACCGAUCGGCCUUUCGUCAAGUCCUGGUACAGGCCCAAGAUCACCGCAAGGGUCUCAAGAAGGCAUUGAGCGAAAUUCCGUAUUUUCAGUAUCUCGACUCGGAUGGGAUCAACAAAUUGGCCGCUAUAAUGGAUGAAGUUACCUUUGGUCGGGGCGAGACUAUUGCUCAGCAGGGCGCACAGGGUGAAAAGAUGUUCGUGAUUUCGUCCGGGCAGUGCUACAGUGAUUCGGUGUCGAAACGCGCGACUCUUAAAGGUGGCGCCUGGUUUGGCGACGAAAUUUUCUCGGGUAACGGUAUCUACAACGCAACCGUUAUGAGUCUACAAACCACUAAUCUGUGGCAAUUGGAUGCCAACGUUCUCAAGCAAACGAUGGGACCGCUUCUACAAGGUGGAAAAGCGAGUGUCUAA